GCAAAAUUAUUCAACAUGGUUAUGACUCUUUUCAAUUGAUCAAUUGUUGGCUGUGUUAGUGUGGGAAUUCGUAUUGCUUAAUGCUUCUUUCUUCCUUCUCCAUUUUAUUUUUCUGUGUUCAUUUCAUUUGUGUAAAUUAUAUAUCCUAAAUAUUCUCUUUUGGGAUAAAAGAAAACUUGAUCUGUCUUUUUCUCUCUCAUACGUUCAUGUAUAUAUUUAAAUUUUUGUCAGGAGUUAUCUCCUUAAAAAGUGUCACACAAGGUUCUAAAAGAUCCAUAUAGAAAACAUAUUUUAAGAAGAAAAAAAAUGAACAUGAUGUUGUACAUAAUAUAUGAUUUUUAAAACCUUGGUUUCUUGUCCAGGGUUCUAUUUGAUUAUUGUUGGUGUUAUCCUUAAUUAUGUUUCAUGUAAAUUUGUAUAUAUAAUAACAAACAUCAUUAUGUUACAAAUUGUAACUUUUGAAUGCUUAUGUUUGAAGCAUGUAUUUAUUUAUUUUUGUCCCUUUUUUAUUGUUUUGUUUCUUCAUAUUUGAUCCCUUUUUUCCCUUCCUCUAAAAUGUUAAAGGGUUUGUGCUUGAGUUUCAAACCUGAUCAAAGUGUGGGGUGAAGUGAUGGUGAUCUUAUACUGUAGGUUUCAGUACUUUUUUAUUUUUAUUUUUUUAUAUUUUUUGUGAUUACUCUAUAAUGGUGGCACCUAAUCUCAAAUGAUAGAUUUAUGAUUGCAGCAGCAACUGAUAAUGUCAUUAUCAUGCAAUCCAUUACUAAAGAGUUGUUGUCAUGGUUUUUAUGCCAAGUUAUAUUAUUCAUUCAAUUUUGGUUUAAAAUUGGCAUUAUUUUUCUUUAAGAUUAUUCUUUUGUUCUUAUUCAAUCACUCAUUUUAACUCUAUGAUGCAAAAGUAUUUUUAUUCUUAAAUUCAAAAUUGUCAUUUUUCUUGCUCCCUUUUCGAAAUGCAAUUCUUAGUCUUUGGUAUUGAAAUUGGUUUUCUUUCACUAAAUUGAAUUAAGGGCUAUUUUUUUAUUGUGCUGAUACAGGUGCCGAUCUUUGGUGUUUCACAAACCGAAUAAAGCUAGUUUAAUUGUUUUAUCUGAUAACUUUGUCUUAUAGGAGUGCUUUUCUGAGAUAUGGUGUUGCAUAAGAGGUUGAACUACAGCUUUGAUGGCUAUCAUGUGCCUGUCAUUCCUAGAGCUUCAAGAUCUGUUAGGGGGAGAGGUUCCAUCCGGAAGAAGCGCGACAACAGUCACAUACAUGCUUUUGAAAUUUUAGCUAGUGUAGCUGGCAAUUUCUUGCAUGCAAACGAGAGUUCCAACCCUGAAAACACUUCUUUUGCAAAAGAAGCUGAUCUUUUUCAUGGUAAUAAUGUAAAGGAGAAAGAGAAUGAUGAAACAGGGUUGUUUAAGGGGGACCUUUUCACACACGGGACGUGUAGCAAAAUUACCACUACUUGUGUCCCUAGUUUGCAAGGAGAACAUGACAACCAAAGCCAUAUUGAAGGCCAAGGACAAAAUGUCCUUGAGAGGGAAGAUGGAGGCAUGAAAAGAAGAAAUUCUAAUGAGAAAAUCAUCCAUAUCAAAGGCAGUUAUGUCGGAGUUAAUGAACCAGGUCAUAAGGUAUUUAAAGAUUGCACUUUGGAAAAUAAUGUGGAAAAGCCUUUGCCAGAGUGUCGCAAUCAUCUUGAUUCUUCGCACGGCGGUUCCAUUGCUAGGAAAUUAGUUAAUACAGAUAAUGACGAAAACUUUGCUCGGUGCACUCAAUCAAACUUGAGGAAUAAGAUAUCGAGUCCACCAUUAGACACACCAAAACUGAAGGAUGCAAGUCCUAUUGCAAGUGAUGAGAACAAUAGUAGAGACAACUCUGAACUUGAAAAUUUACAACGCAUGUAUCCAUUUAAGAAGAGGAAGUUCUUUAAUCAGACCUCAUCAUCCACAUCCGAUAGAGGCUCUCAGUGUCAAGGCGUAUUUGAUUUUUCAGACAGCAAAGUUAAUAGCACAAUCCAUGGGAUUGAAGAAUCGUCCUCUAUAGCUGGUCAACAGGUUCAUCCUGGAUCCAAGGGUUGUAAUGUGAAGCUUAGCAUAAAAUCCUUCAAAGUCCCGGAGCUUUUCAUUGAUAUACCAGAAACUGCAACAAUUGGAUCACUGAAGAGGACAGUGAUGGAGGCUGUGACAACUAUACUAGGAGAUGAACUACAUAUCGGCAUCCUUUUGCAGGGAAAAAAGAUUCGAGACGACAACAAAACUCUUAUUCAGACAGGGAUAUGCCAAGAUGACAAACGUCAUAGGUUAGGGUUCAUGUUGGAGCCAAGACAUACUAGGAUUUCUUCACCUUCAUACAAUGAAGACCCUUGUUAUUUAACUUCUAGUCCACAACAAAAGUUAUCUAGGCAAUCAACAUCAUUAAUGUUCCAACAGGGAACAUAUAAUGUAUCUCAAGAACGCUCUCUGAUCAAAAUUGAAAGUUGUGCUGAAGGUGAUCUCAAAUUGUCCUCCUCUGUAGCAGAUACUUCAGCUAACAAUAACAUGUCCAAGUGUCGUGCUCUAGUAGCAGUUCCUGCCAUUAACAUGCAAGCAUUAGCUGUGGUCCCAUUACGACGCAAAUCUGGGAAUCCUGACUUCGGACAGCGUCGAAUUAGGAGGCCUUUCUCUGUUCUUGAAGUAGAAGCAUUGGUUCAAGCAGUUGAAAAACUUGGAACUGGAAGGUGGCGCGAUGUCAAACAACGUGCUUUCGAUCAUGCAAAGCAUCGAACUUACGUGGAUUUGAAGGAUAAAUGGAAGACAUUGGUGCACACAGCGAGAAUCUCCCCUCAGCAAAGAAGAGGAGAACCUGUACCUCAAGAGCUUUUAGAUAGGGUCUUAGCCGCACACGCGUAUUGGUCUCAACAACAGUGCAAGCACCAACUUAAACCUUUGUAAGAGACUCCUCAAAAAUAUUAAAGCAUGCAGAAGAGCAAGUAAAUUUGCUGCAAAAUCUAGGUUUAAAGUAGUGUAGUUAUUCCCAAAAGAAAACAAAAAGAAAAAAAGUUGAUAAUAUGUUCAUCUUACAUAAAAUGAUAACAUAAUUGAUCCAUAAUUUGGCUUCUCUUAAGCCUGGAAUUAGUUUGAUCACCUUUGUAAAUUAGUUAUUUGACCUAAAGGGAAAACAUGUCAUAAUAAUUCUUUCCAUCCCUUGUGGGUCAAUUGUUCGCUAUGCGAUUAAAAGCAUACUAGAAUAAUGAAAUAUGUAUAGAAGUUGAACAUUUUUCUGAAUUCUUUACAAGUAAUUUGUUUAUAAUACAAGUUACAAACAUUUAUCA